ACAAAGGCAAGCCACAUAGAAAGAGGUGACUGUGUCUUUUCUACACUUGUCACCUGAGGUCUAGAGAAACUAAGAAGAUUUGGGGAACAAACCUGCUGCUCAGCUGUCCUUUCUGCAGCAGCUCAAAGAGCCCUAGAGAGCUCUCCUCUGGGGAUGGGCUGAACACUUAGUGCUUCCCCCCAUGGAAAUCGGGAAUGCAUGAGUAGAGGUGGGGAAGCAGCAUUUCCCAGGAAGGGAACCCAGGGCAUCUCUUAGCUGGCGGAGAAUGUGGCUGUAUGUCAGUGGUGUGCACUGCUGCACAGGACAUUGUGUGCAUGUGCUCUGGUAGACUUGAUGCUGCUGAGGGGCUGGAGCCUUUGCAAUGUGCCUGUCCCUUUAAAGAAGGGGAAAGCUGCUGCUCACACUCUGCCUCUGUGGGUGGACACAAGGCACUGGGAUCCGACUGCUUGAUGCCAGUUCAAGUGAGAGUGGAGACAGAGAGCUGAGACAGAAGGGGAAAGAGGAAACCUGCUGCAAAAGAGGUGAAUGAGGAAAGAGAAAAGAAUAAGUAACACUGGAGAAGGGAAUAGCUUUGAGGGGGAGAAUAUUUGAAGGGAAAACCUUUGGCUGGAUGGAACAAAAGAUACAGCGAACUAUUUUCUCUGAAUAAAUCUUAAUGAAAUAGCAUUUCAAGGAACAAUCGUGAUUUCAACAUGCCUUUCCAUGUGGAGGGGCUGGUAGCUAUAAUUGUGUUCUACUUGGCAAUCCUGCUUGUUGGAAUAUGGGCUGCCUGGAAAACCAAAAAUAUUGGCAGCAGUGGAGACCGCAGCGAAGCCAUUAUAGUCGGUGGAAGAGAUAUAGGCUUGCUAGUCGGUGGAUUUACAAUGACCGCCACUUGGGUUGGAGGAGGCUACAUCAAUGGGACCGCAGAGGUUGUGUAUGUCCCAGGCUAUGGGCUGGCUUGGGCACAGGCACCCAUUGGAUAUUCCCUUAGCCUGAUUUUAGGUGGUCUGUUUUUUGCAAAACCUAUGCGUUCCAAAGGCUAUGUUACAAUGUUAGACCCUUUCCAGCAGAUGUAUGGAAAACGAAUGGGAGGGCUGUUGUUUAUCCCUGCAUUAAUGGGAGAGAUGUUCUGGGCUGCCGCCAUAUUUUCUGCAUUAGGUGCCACAAUAAGUGUGAUAAUUGAUAUAAAUAUCAAUAUUUCAGUUAUUGUUUCUGCUCUGAUUGCAACGAUGUACACUGUAGUGGGUGGACUGUACUCAGUUGCCUACACUGAUGUGGUUCAGCUCUUCUGCAUCUUCCUAGGGCUGUGGAUCAGUGUUCCUUUUGCAAUGUUGCAUCCUGCAGUUGAAGACAUUGGGCGCACAGCUGUGAAGAAAGUACACCAGGAACCUUGGCUUGGAAAUAUAAAAUCACUUGAUGUCUAUACCUGGAUUGACAAUUUCCUUUUAUUGAUGUUGGGAGGAAUCCCAUGGCAAGCAUACUUUCAGCGAGUUCUUUCUUCAUCUUCUGCCAUGUAUGCUCAAGUAUUAUCAUUUCUGGCUGCUUUUGGCUGUCUUGUGAUGGCUCUUCCAGCAAUACUCAUUGGGGCAAUCGGAGCAUCAACAAAUUGGAACCAGACUGAGUAUGGUCCUACAGAACCCUGGAGAAGACAAGAAGCAGAUAUGAUUUUACCAAUUGUGCUUCAGUAUCUUUGUCCUGUCUAUAUUUCCUUCUUUGGUCUUGGUGCAGUAUCUGCUGCUGUGAUGUCAUCAGCUGAUUCUUCAAUCUUAUCAGCAAGUUCUAUGUUUGCUCGGAACAUUUAUCAACUUUCGUUUCGUCAAAAUGCUUCAGACAAGGAAAUAGUAUGGGUGAUGCGAAUCACUGUUUUUGUGUUUGGAGCAUCAGCAACAGCAAUGGCGCUGCUAGCUAAGUCAGUAUAUGGACUCUGGUACCUCAGUUCUGAUCUCGUUUACAUCAUCAUCUUCCCCCAACUGUUAUGUGUCUUAUUUAUUAAAGGAACCAACACUUAUGGGGCGAUUACAGGAUAUUUGUUUGGCCUCUUUCUCAGAAUAACAGGAGGAGAACCCUACCUUUACCUUCAGCCCUUGAUCAUGUAUCCUGGUUGUUAUAUCGAUGAAAGUGGUAUCUAUGUCCAGCGAUUCCCAUUUAAAACACUCGCCAUGCUUACUUCUUUCCUUACUAACAUUGCUGUCUCGUACCUAGCAAAGUACUUAUUUGAAAGUGGUACUUUGCCACCAAAAUUAGACUUCCUUGAUGCUGUUGUUGCAAAGUACAGUAAGGAACACAUGGACAAAACAACUCUUGUAAAAAAUGACAAUAUUAUAUUAAAUGAACUUGCACCCGUGAAUCCUCGUCACAGUCUAACUCUGAACUCAACUUUCACUAAUAAAGAUGCUUUCAGUGAUAUAGAUUCAAGCCCAGAGGCACCCAAUGCUAAAGAUAAUUAAAAUGAAAUCUUGCUUUUACAUGAAAAGCAAUGCAAUAGGGUAGCCCCAUCAAGAAUGGUAACAGAGACAAGAGUUUUUCUGUGAUAUGUUUUAUUGGCCCUAGACUUGAAGAAGGGUACUUUGUGCCCAAAAGCUUAUGCAGCAUCUCUCCCAACUAUACGGUUGAUCCAAUAAAAGAUAUCACCAAAAAACCCUUGCCUUUUGUACAUUUCCUGGACCUUCAUGACUACAACAAUGCUCCAGCUCUGCUGCAAAAAUGGUAACAAGCAUCUUGGCAGGAGAAAAAUGGAACUGGGAAAUACAAUUCCAUUGCACAGUUCUUUAAGUCACUUCCAGGACUUCGAGUACCCUGUGAAAUAAAUUGUUUUGUGCCACCAUCUGACUCGUUGGAUUGAGUUACACAAAGUUUAACAAAGGAUAAAUCCCACCCCCUGCCAUUCAAGCAGAACUAUGUACAACCGAAUGUAAUAAAUAUAUCAAAUGCAGACUAUAAAUAACAUGAACCUGUGGUAAUUAUUUAGUUGAGCCAGUAUAUAAAGAUACUCAAAAUUGUAUACAGUCAUUUAAGAGAUUAGACUAUGGUGGCUGAAAUACAAAAGAGUCAACAUUUUAAAUGGCACAAACUGAUAUAUUGUCAAUACUGUGCACGAUUAUUACUAAGGCUGUAAAUAAACCUUACAUUUGUCGCAGGAGAAAGCCUUUUGUCCCUCAACCCUAGAGUUACAAGACCACUGUCUCACUUCAAGUCCCACCAAAGUAUACAGAAUAAACUGUACUACUGCUUUUUCCUGGGCCAUCAUGGUGUGCAUCUGUAAAAUUAUAGAAGGUCAUUUCCUAACAAGCUGGCCAGGCUGUGUACUCUUUCCAGCCAUCUACUAGCAGAGGAGCAGCAAUGCAACUUGGAAGGGCUAUGUGUGUAAGGACCUUGUCACAGUAGCAAAUCAUUGGAAUAUUGAGAUGUAUUAACAUUAGUACAUGUUAGGGUGGUGCCAUAUGUUCACUUGCAACAAUUGCAAAUCAUUACAAUGUAGUGACCUACUAAAUUUAGUAUGUGUUAAGAGAUAAUCUUCACCUGAAGGGGAACAACUUUGCAAUGCCAUAAGGGCCUUUAACACUUGCUAAACUGCUUGAAUGUGUGUGCGCUUGUAUUUUAACUAUACUUAGUGGUUUGCACCUACAUGUGCAUCGUUACUGCAUGGUAACUUGGGUUACUUCACAGUACCCGAAAGUUACUGCGCAGUAUAGAUGCAUGUCUACACAUGCUGCACAGUAAGGUGCAUGUAGACACUUUACUGCGCAGUAGCACUGUAUGUAUGCUCCAACUUGGGAGUAAUUUUACUCUCUUACGUGGGAGUAACUUUGCUCCCAAGUUGGACCACACACAGUGUAACUGCACUGUAAUGUUUACAUGUGUAGAUGACGGUCUAACAAGCACUUACUGUGCAAUAAGUUAUUGCACUGUAAAUAUACAUGCAGAUGCAUCCAGUAAGUGUUAAACUGAACAUAGAACAGUACCCUAUAUGACUGUGCUGCUCCUGUUUUAAUCUGCGUCAAAAUCCAGAGCAAUCAAGCCCAUGUUAAAUGCAAUAUCUAUUUACAGCCAAAAUGCCUAGUUGCUUGAUCAAAGAAAUAUUUCUUGUUUUGCUUAUAAUUAAUUUUAAAUAUAUAUACCAGGUAUUUUAUUAUUUGUAAUAAAAACAAAGUUUAUAAUUAGUAAAAUCUUUCUUAUAGGAGUUUUAAACUUAUAAUACUUAGAGAAGGAUAUAAAAUGUAUCACUAUUUUAAAGUGUUAUUUAGGGUGAAAUUACACAUUACACUCAGAUUACAUACUAAAUCUGUUGAAUAUUAAGCAGUGUUAAAUUUAGAACAUGCUGUGAGUAGUCACAUAUUAAGGAUUAAUAUCGCAUUUUGCCUGCACAGCUCUGACUUGCUGCUAGAGGGUUGGUAAGCAGAGGCGUGACUAGGAUCCAGGACCUGGGAACUAUCUCUGUCCUAGAAGGAAGGAGUGAUGCAUCCUGGGAUGCAUGAGGACAGCAAAUUGCUUGUUUUAUCUCCGUAGAGCAGACUGAAGUUACCCUAAUACAACCUAGGGAGCACAUCCCAGAGUAAACCUUGUCUGAAGUAGCAUAACUUUAAAGUGCUCCAAGGGACUUAGCACAACCCAAUGAGCUUUAACAUGAAGACACUUGCAUUUUAAAUAUCCACAGUAUGGUCUAAAUGUAACAUGCAACUUCACCGUUACAUUAUGCAAGACAAACUUAAGCAACAUAUAUUACUAGAGGUUGCCCUUUCUUCCUAUCUGAGUGACUGUCACCAAUGGAGGCUAAAACCCUUGUUUAAAAAAUUAAUUUUAAAGCAAUAUUUUGAGUUGAAGACUAAGCUUUGGGGAAAGCAAUGGAUAUUUAUGUUUUGUUGAACUAAGUGCAGCUCUUUUGUUAUGAGAAAUGCAGCAGUUUUUGGCUUACUGUCAAACUCAUUGUUCAGCACAAGCAAACGAAUAAUAGGAAAAUAUAGUAGUUCAGCAUGCAUUGGGAGCAAUGGGUAUCAGAGCCGAUAAGAACAUACAGCACAUCCAGACAAAUGUGUAUGUGCAUUUCCCUGGGGAAAAUAGCAGCACGUAGUUGUCCAUGCGGCGGACAACUUUGGCACAUGGCAAGUUGCCCCUGGUUGGGUAAGGGAGGCUGGGGCCAGUACCUGGACUGGCCCCAGCAGCCUUACCUGGGGUCCUGAGGGCCUCACAGGGCUCCAGCAGAGGCAACGGGGCAUGCAGAGCCUGGCUGGCAGCUGAAGCAUGGCUCAAGCCAGCCAAGCUCUGGUUUCAGGUGGCCCACGGUGCCACUGUGUACACCACCCUGCUUUUUUCUGCCACAGUUUUUUUUACCCUGGGGUCUCCCAGGGUCAAAAAAGUUGCUGUGCUGCAAAUUAGUAGCAUGGUGAAUGCCUACACAUGUGGCAAGUGCAGUUUGUGGUGCCACAGACAGGUCUGCAGCGCUACAAACUGCAUGUGCCCACUUGUCUAGACAUGUCCGUUUUUCAUGUGGAAAAUUUGACUUUUCGUCAGAAAUUUUUGGGCACAAAAUGAAAACUUUUAAUUUAUGGGUUUGGGGAUGUACCAUGAAAAGUGUAAUUUUUCUAUAGAAAGUAAGAUUUGUGAGAUGAACUGGGUGCGGGGGGGAGGAGGGGGGGGGGGUUCAGCCAGUGGUGUAUGGAAAGCUGACAGCUGGAAAUCUCCAUUUAGUUGAAAACCAAGUUUUCCACUGAACCCAGUCUUCAUGGAAAUGUUCAGCAGCUACAAGCAUCUGUUUUCAAAGCUGACAUCAGUUUGUAGGAGAGCUAAAAAGAAAGACCAAUCCAGACCCUUAAAAAAGGCACAGCUUUUAUACCAGUCUUCCUUGAAGAGGGCUGCUACUGGGCAGUCCCAGUGCCUCCAUGAAAUAAUAGGGUUGGUCAGCAAGUUAGGGAGCACCACACAUAGAAUUAUAGCACUAGAAAGAAGCAGGUCUCUUCCUUCUUAGCCCCUGGCAUUGUAAACUAAGAACAAAUUAAGUUGCUCUGUUUGACCAAAUCUUAGAUGUGUGUGCCUGUGUGUGUAUGUAUGUGUCCUGAAUGAUAUCUGCCCUUCACAGGGGGAGGUCUAAUGCCUACAUUCUUGUACAAUGAAGAGUUACACUUCAAUAGUCUGUUUAAUAUUGAUCUAUGACAAAAACCUGUAAAGUUGAAACUGACAUCUUCUUGUAUUUUAGUCACCAGUGAUAAGUUCUUAUCAACAUCCAUAAACCUAUGAAUUAUAACAGAGAACGGGAAAUGUAAGAAUGUUUUUUGCUGCUAAAGGAAGAAGCCAUUGACUUUUGUAUUCCACAUCAACAUAGCUUUCUAUAGGUCGAUCCAUCAGUGUUUCUUUGCUCAUUUUGUGGAGUUCUAAUUACACGUGUGUGUAUGCUGUAUACUGUUGUGUUUUCCAACUGUUCCGUUUCAAAAACAACACUGCAUCUCAGGUCUGAAUACGCACCAAGAACUGUAUUUAAAAAAAAAACAUGCUCCAGUGAGUAUGGAUCAUAAGUAGGCUGUGCUUCAAGAGCACACAACACCCAACGAAUGAAAAAAGACAAGUUUGCAAUGGGUCGGUUAACAAAUGGAUGGGAAAUUCCAUUCAUAGGAGGGUCUACAACCUGCUUCAUAUACAGUGGCAAUCUCUAUCAGAGCAUAAAAAAGAGAAAAGAAGAGUGACUGUGAAGAGUAGGGGAAGGAAGGGAUAAAGAAGUUUCCAGGGUUUGGCCAGAGGAUUUAUGUGCAUUCAGAUCCACUGGUUAAAAGACCCACAUUGAGUGAAACAAUAAAGCAUGACUCUAUUGUCAUUCAUAAAUUAGGCUUCAGGCUGAUUAUGAGGACUCCACCCUGCAACCAGUUGCAGAUUACCCUUAUGAAUACUUUUAUUUGGGGCUUUGUAUACAGAUAGUCAGAAUUUUACAGUAAGAACUAAAUUCUAACACAUUCUUUGGGUUUGAACAGCAUGCAUACAGCAAAACUACUGCAGAUAUGCUAUACACAAGGGCAUACUUCAGUGAGCUAUCAGUAGAGCUUUGGGGAGGAUGAAUAUUUUCAAUUUCAUAAGAGAUUUUGAACUGCAGCUUUAUUCUGAAUUAGAACAACUGCCCUCCUCCUCCCCCUCAUUCUCUGCCAAAGGAAGUUCUGGGGGGGAAAUCUUUUUUAAUAAAAUUACUUUUUUAUGUAUAAAAUCAUCCCAUUUAGGUAUUUUUUCAAUUAAAUUGGAACAUACACUUAGCAUAAAAAAUUCAAAACUGAAAGCUAUUCCAAAGCAAAAAAAAUAUAUAUUUUGUCCCCCAAAUGUUAAAAUGAACUGCUUCGACAUUGCCAGACUUUUUUGUUUUGAUUUUGAUUCCCUCCUAAACAAAUUUUUGGCAAAAUCAAUGUGAUUUUGCAACACAUUUCAAUUUAGAUGGAAUUGCAUCCUCUGAAUGAAAAUAGUUAUGUCUGUUUUGUCUGACCACAUCUACUUAGGAAGACUUGCUAAUUUUUGUUUUCCAAAGAGCAUUACUUAAUGGCUAAUCUGUCAUAGAAAAGAGGGAUGGAGAAUCAGAGGUGUGGGCAGCAGUCCUCACCUAACCCAAUCUACAGGCUAAAGAGUUAUGCUUAUAUUUGAGGGGGUGAUAGAAACUGCAAAGCUACUGAAUCAGUGUUCUCUAUGUUGUGUGUUGGAACAUUCCAAGAACCCUAUAGAUAUUCUCUGUACAAGGUUACAAGUCUUCUUCCUUUAGUUCAAUAUAUUUGGCAUUGCAGAUGUUAAUACAAUUAAGGGCCAUAUCAUAGUUUUGACUUCUGUGGGUGAUAAAAAUAAAAAUAGAAUUUCACAUGCAAAAUGACACUAGGAUACAUGCUUUGACUCUUAAACAUUUUAUCAACAGACUUCAAUCUGAUGUGUAAGUCAUCUGCUAGUUCUUCCUUGUUUUAAAGUUAGUAAACAAUAGUGUCUUGUGAUAAAUCCUCUCAACAAUCAAUUAGGUAAAAAUAUGGAAAAAGUUCAUUUUCAGAUGCUGAGGUCAAUGUUUGUGGGCCUACCACUUGUAGAUGAAGCAUUAUGAUGAUGAUUGUACACUUAUUUUUGUAAUCUUAAAAUUACUUUGCAUAAAUGUUCAUUUGUUAAGUUUUUAGAUCCUUCUGCAUGAUAUUUGUUCAUAACAACAAGCUCAUUACAUAGCUGAGCUGUCAAAAAAUAGUACAAACAAUCUAUGAAUUGUUAUUUUGUCUAUAUAUGUCCAUGUGGGAGAGCAUAUGUAUUAUAAACUAUCUUCUGUGAACCUGAACUGAAUGUAAACAUAAAGUGAAUCAAAUAUGGCAACAGUCAGAUUUAACCUUUAUUUUCAUAUAGUACAAAUAAUUUAGGAUUUUAACUAUAAAUAUUAUAGGAAUAAAGUGGUCGUUCAGUUUAUUUUCUGCCCUUCAAGUUUAUUUGAUCAAGUACAAUGUGCAAUUACUAUUUAUUGUACAUGUGCUAUUAAACAGGGCUGUAUUUGUGGCUGUUCUUAUAAAAAGUAUAUUUUGGUCUGUGCCAGAAAUGUUAUUUGAAAAGUAUAUUUAACUAAUGAGCUAAAAAACAUACUGUAGAUGUAUAUGUUUAACUGCAUUAGUACUGUAUUAAAUAGUGCCCAUGCAAUUCAGGAAAAUAGUGUCUAAUUUUGACUCUGUUUUUGUCCAUCUAUUAAAAAUAAAUACAUUUAUUUUAUUAUCAAGCAGAGUAAA